AUGGCAUGUUUGUAUGGAUUUCUGAAAGAAUACCGACCCUCUGAAGCCUAUUUGUCAGCUUAUCUUACCGGACCAUGGAAGAACCUUACAGUUGAGGAAGUAAAUAAUGAAGUUUAUCCUUUUUGGACUUACUCUUACCUAGUCUGGCUGGUUCCUGUAUUCCUUCUUACUGAUUACCUCCGCUAUAUGCCGAUGUUAGUUGUUGGAGGUUUAGCUUAUGUUGGCACUUGGGCGCUCCUUCUAUGGGCACAAGGAGUUUUAGCUAUGAAGUUUAUGCAAGUCAUAUAUGGAUUAGCAACGGCAACAGAAAUUGGGUACUUUUCUUAUCUAUUUGCUAUGAUUUCAAAUGAACAUUACAAGAUAAUAACAAGUUUUACUAGAGCCGCUAUUCUUGUUGGUCGUUUUGUUGCGUACCUGACUGGACAAUUGCUUGUGUCCUUUGAUUUAAUGAAUUACCAGCAGCUAAAUAUAAUAUCAUUCAUUGCAAAAUCCCUCACCAAACAGAGAUAUGGAUUUGUGUUUGGAGUUAACAUGUUCAUGGCUCUCGUAGUGGAAACAAUACUUACAGUUAUUGUGGUAGAUAAAGCUGGUCUUGAUGUAGAUGUGAGAACACAGGUAUUUCAGAAUAUCUUUAUCUCAUGUUAA